UGAAACCACUUGCAGUGGAAAAGUGCAGAAUUCAUAGUAGAAAAGAGAAGGAAAGAUGUCGUCCGAAGGAAAGAUUUAUCAAGAUUUGACCACGGAUGAGGGCUCACAUUCUCAUCGUCGAAUAUUUGGACAAGGUCUGUUUGCAGAAAUUGGUGGAAAUACGUUUCAACACCACCGACUGGUUAUACUAAGUCUGGGCCUGCUAAAUGCUGCUCUGCUCAUUUCUGCUGCUGUUAUUGGGAUUUACUGUGCUAAUGCCAAGGACCUUCAGAUUCCUGGUUUAGCAGCUUCACCCCUGCUUGUUGAGGUGAACUUUCUUCGCAACCACACAGAGUUAAUAAGAGACAAACUGGAGACCCAGAACAGAUUGAAGAAAGAGCGGGCCAACCAUGUCCAAAUGAAGCUGGAAGUGCGGCAGAAGAAGACUCUGACUGACAGCCUUCAGAGGACAAUUAGCAUGCUACAAACAGAGAAGACACAUCUCCAGUCCAAUAGAUCUGCCUUUGAGAACAACUGUGCCAGAUGCCCCGCAGGAUGGCUCCUACUUAAAACGUCAUGUUAUUACUUUUCUAAACAUGAGCCGGCUUCAAGAAAGAACUGGACAGACAGCAGAGCAGACUGCGUCCGCCAAGGAGGCGACCUGCUCGUGAUCAACAACUUGGAGGAACAGCUACUCAUGAGUUCGAAUUUUCCAAGGAUUGCAAGUAGUUCAUCGUGGUGGAUGAACGGUCUCUGGAUCGGUCUCACUGAUGUGCAACAUCCGGGAACGUGGACAUGGACAAACAACGUGACUGAGACGUCCACGAUGUACUGGAGAAAUGGGCAACCCAGUCGUAAUGGGACGCAGAGCGGGAACUGUGUUGCCUUUCAUUACUACGGAGACAAUUUGAAGACUUGGUACACUGGAAACUGCCAGGAGCAUCUACUAAACUGGAUCUGUGAGAUGAGGCCAAGCAAUCAAUGAAGUCAUUUAAAAAUAUGUUUGAGCUGCCUGGAGAAUUUUGUUCAUCAGUCUGAUCUGUUUUAGCGAUUGGAUUACAGAUUACAUAUAUAUAAAAUCAUGAAAAUGUACGUUCUUCAUUUGUCAAAGAUGUUGUAGAUCAUCUUGUUUGAGAGAUUAAAAUGUCCCCCAUUAAGGCCAAGCUCCUAGGUAAGAGCUUGCUUUGGUGCCUUACAAGUUUCUCUUAUAGGUACAAGUAUCAGUAAAUUGAUAAGUUAGUUACUUGGUGUGUACUGACACAUUCAGAAGUGAGGUUUAAGCAAUAUUAUGUGCAAAGCUAAGAAUCUCUGUUGUUUGUUCUCAGAAAUAAAAGUUUUAUAAUUCAUAAA